CACGAAUACUUCCAAAUAAAGACAAACGUAAUUUAUGACCAAUCAGGAAUUGUGCAUGCAUAUUCUACAUGUACACGUACUGUCAGAGCCUAUAAUAAUAAUUAUUAUUACGCGCCACAUGCUGAAGUGGACCUUGGAACGGCGUUUUUGUUGUAAUCGGCAGAGGAGCAGCGCUUUUGAGAGGGAACCAAACAGCCCAAUUGAAAAAUGGCGGCCGCAUGGAUUUUUCUGUGUUUAGCCUUGUUUACUCCAUGUUUUGCGCAAGAUUCGUUUGAGUGUCCUGCUUUGGAAGGUUCAGGGGAUGUUGUCUCGCCGGGGUUUGAGUGUUUGAAUGGUAACAACGUUUACUGUUGUGACUCCGGGACCGCAGCUCAGCGAUGUUGCACAUCAGAUGAAUACCAUAACACUGCCAACAACGAGGAUGAAAUCAACCUCAGCAGUUACUACUAUUACUAUCUCAGUACUGGCGCUAUCAUUGGGAUUGCCAUUGGUGGUUUCGUGGUGUUUAUCAUCAUCAUUGUGAGCAUCGUGGCUUGCUGCGUGUGUUGCGCCAGGGCAGCAGCCAGACCAAAUCCACAACCGGUUACCAUGCAAACCAUCCAGCAACCAGCUACGUUCCAGGCCCCGCCUCCUAAUUACUAUCCUGCAACUGGCCAACCACAAGCUUACCCGGGGCCACCCGCUGGUCAACCACAAGCCUACCCGGGACAGCCAACUGGCCAACCACAAGCCUACCCGGGGCCACCCACUGGCCAAUCACAAGCCUACCCAGGGCAGCCUGCUGGCCAAUCACAAGCCUACCCGGGACAGCCCGCUGGCCAAUCACAAGCCUACCCGGAACAACCAACUGCACCUCAAGCGUACCAGUACCAAGGACAACCCCAGGAAUUCCAGAGCAAGGAGCCAGUCUACCCGUAG